AUGUCGGUGUACGGCCAGCUGGGGCUGCACACAAGCAGCACAAACACACGUGCACACAAGCACAUGCGCGCACUCCCAGCAAAGCGCACGCUGUGCAAUCAGCUAUCCCACUCCCCACUGGAUGGGCUCUUUGUGACUGACUACUUCACCCGCACACCACGCAAGCUCAGCCCCUUCCGCUCCUUUGCCAGCAUCGAGCUCUUCCACUUCCACAUCCCCGAGGACACAGUCAUCGCCGUCUGGAACCUCAUCACCUUCAAGGAGCAGGGUGGCACCUUCGGGGACCAAUGCCCAGACCGUAGCAUCACCGUGUAUUUCCGCUCAGGGGCUCCCUCCGUCAUUAACCCGCUACACACGCACUUCCCCAGGGACACGGCUGUCCCUGGCUCCUUCGCACUGACCCUCACCUGGACCCUGCCCAACCGCACCACGGGGGUGUUCAAUGUCACCAGCCCACUGCCUGGGGACUGGUUCCUGGCUGCCCACCUGCCCAAAGAUGAGGGCAAGAUCUCUGUCAAGGGGCUCUACGAGGAGUGCCAGUAUCUCUUCCAGCCACAGCUCAUCGUGCAGCGCCUGGUGAACAUUGCCGUGCUGUAUCCUGGUUACGUCACCGAGCAGAGCAUGGCCCCCCACAACCGUUCCUGCCUCUACAAGGUGUUUGUGCCCAGCUACACAUCGCGUGUGCUGGUGGAGGUGCUGCGGUGCCGUGGGGCUGAGGGCUGCCCCCUCUGGCUGCGCGUGCGGGCCAAGGCUCCCCCCCUGCACAACUCCACGGCGCUGGACUGCCGGGAGCACACUCCCUGCCAGUUGGCACUGGACCUGCCCUUCUGGCAGCACUGGUACUACGUGCUGGUGGAGAAACACCCUGGGGUGCCAGGCACCGUCUCAUUCCAGGUCAUCGUGCAGCUCACAGACUGCUCCCGACCAAGCCUGGCCCGGCCACCCUUCCUGCCCUCCAGUGCUUCCAUGAACAUGCCCCACUCCUUUGGCUCUGUGGGCGGGCUGGCGCUGGGGGACAGCUCUCCGCCCACCAGCCCCAACGGCACGAAGCACCCGGUCCCCAUCCCCACCGCCUCGGCUGCUGGUGAACGGUGUUGGCCAGUCCGCCCCACGCUGCGCAAUGAGCUGGACACCUUCUCCGUCCACUUCUACAUCUUCUUCGGGCCCAACGUAUCCGUGCCGCCUGACCGCCCCGCUGUCUUCGUCAUCAACCUCCUGCCAGUGCUGGACAGUGGUGGGGUGCUCAACCUGGAGCUGCGGCUCAAUGUGAGCUCCCUGUGUGGCGAGAACGUGACAGUAUUCGGCUGUCUGAACCACGAAGUCCCGCUGAUGUCUGGUGACAACGCAUCGGUCACCUGUGAGACAGAGUCCCUGGCAGGCUUCCUGCUCUCCGUCAAUGCCACGGCCAGCCUCAGCCGCCUGCGGAUCCCUUACCCCCAGACGGGCAGCUGGUACCUGAGCCUGCGCUCGCUCUGUGCCACGGAGCAUGGGUUCGAGCCUUGCACCAACGUGACGGCUGAGGUGUACCUGCGUGCCUACCUCUCGCCCUGCAUCAACGACUGCGGCAUCUAUGGCCAGUGCAAGCUGCUGCGCACCAACAACUACCUGUAUGCUGCUUGCGAGUGCAAAGCUGGCUGGAACGGCUGGGGCUGCACAGACAACGCCGAGGCUUUCUCCUACGGCUUCCAGCUCCUCUCCACGCUGCUGCUGUGCCUCAGCAACGUCAUGUUCGUGCCUCCCGUGGCCAUCGCCGUCCGCAGCCACUACCUCCUGGAAGCUGCUGUCUACAUCUUCACAAUGUUCUUCUCCACCUUUUACCACGCCUGCGACCAGCCAGGUAUCGUGGUGUUCUGCAUCAUGGAGUAUGACGUGCUGCAGUUCUGCGACUUCCUGGGCUCCCUCAUGUCCGUCUGGGUCACCGUCAUCGCCAUGGCCCGGCUGCAGCCUGUGGUCAAGCAGGUGCUGUACCUGCUGGGGGCCAUGCUGCUCUCCAUGGCUCUACAGAUGGACCGCCAUGGGCUCUGGAACCUGCUGGGGCCCAGCCUCUUCGCUUUGGGGAUCAUGGCCGUCGCUUGGACGGCUCGCACCAUCCGGCGCCGCCACUGCUACCCACCGACCUGGAAGCGCUGGGCUUUCUACCUGUGCCCCGGAGCGCUGAUUGCAGCGGCUGCUGUGCUGCUCUAUGCCUUCGUGGAGACGGAGGAAAACUACUUCUACAUCCACAGCAUCUGGCACCUGCUGAUCGCCGGCAGCGUCGGCUUCCUCAUCCCACCCCGAUGUCAGACCCAUGGGGCUCAGCACCCACGGGAGCCAGUGGUGACUGUGGUGUGCAAAAUGCCCUAUCUGGUCUAG